UUUAUUUUUAUUUUAUUAAUUACAGCCGCCGUCACUCGAGCGUUGAAGACCUGUCAAUCCCUAGCACCGCCGCACUAGCUUGCGUCUUCCUCCCCUCCGGCGACACUGCAGUGCGGUCCCACUCUUCUCAGUUCAGCCGAUAGGCAUAGUGCGCCGACUCCGCAGCCUCCUCCGGCUUUGCUUUCGCCAGCCUCUUCGGCCUCCGCCGGUCGUCACCGGCACGUAAUCGCAAACCUUCAAACGGAGCAGACCGAACCGUCAAUCCGCGGUUCUUAUUUCUGAACAAGCUCCUUUUACCCAUUCGACAUUGUGCUGAACUUCUAUUGUCAUAGUCAACUCGUCUCAGAACUCUGGAAGAGCGAGCAAUGGUGGAAUCAUAUUUCCAGGCCGUCACGUUGGUCGCUGCCCCAAACUACCCAAAUGCUAUCGCUUGGUCUGAUGAGAAUUUAAUCGCCGUUGCCUCAGGCCCCCUUGUCACUAUACUGAAUCCGGCAUCGCCAUUUGGAGCACGAGGCACUAUUACGAUCCCUGCAAGUGAUCCACUUCCAAUAGGGGUGAUAGAGAGAAAAGAUUUAUUUGCUGGCUGCUUGUUGCCAACUUGCUUAUCUCGGGAUGACCGACCUCGUGCUCAGUCCAUAGCGUGGUCUCCUCUUGGAAUGGCUCCUAAUGCAGGGUGCUUGUUGGCUGUUUGCACGUCAGAAGGAUGUGUGAAGCUUUACCGUCCACCGUUCUGUGACUUUACUGCUGAAUGGAUUGAGAUUAUGGACAUAUCAAAUAAGCUUUAUGAUUAUUUUGAAAGUCUUAAAUUUGGGGAGCUAGAUGUUCCUUCAUCAAAGUGUUCUGAUAAUCCAGUGAAGGAAGGUGGGAGUGCUGUUGAUGUCCAAGACCAUUUCACAAGGGAGGACCGUAAGCGAAGAAGGAAAGUUGCGCCCAAUUUAAACAACGGAAGCAGUUUAAAUCAAUCAUUGGAGAAAUCAAAAGAGAAGCGUCCGAGGAGAAGAACUGAAGAUAGCUCCGUGCCUUCAUUAAUUAAUGCCCAACAAUAUGCUUCUCGCAGUGCAAUGUUGUUGUCUGUUGUCGUUGCCUGGUCUCCAGUAAUGAAGCCGUCUCAUAAGGUUCAUUCGCACUGGAAUUCAUCCGUCAGUGUUCUUGCAGUAGGAGGGAAAUCUGGUAAAGUUUCAUUUUGGAAAGUUAACGUACCAGAAUGCUACUCCCUUGCUGAGUGCACGGUCCCAACAAGAGCUCUGCUUGUUGGGCUUCUUCAGGCACAUAAUUCAUGGGUCAACUGUAUCAGUUGGAUGAUGUUUGAUUCUGAUUCAUCAAAUCCAAAGGUUUUAUUGGCAACUGGGAGCACCGAUGGGAGUGUGAAGAUCUGGCAAUGUUCCUGUGAAGAGUUAUUAGCAUCUUCAGACACUAAUUUUGCUUCAUUUUCCCUAUUGAAAGAGGUCAUCAGUGGUGGAGGAGUGCCAACUCUACUUUCACUCAAUUUGCCCAAUUCAUCCGUGCAUAAACUGUCUUUGGCCAUUGGCAGAGGAUCUGGAUCACUUGAAAUAAGGAUAUUUAACCUAUCUAGCAGUGAAUUUGAUAGCGUUAGGUCAUAUGAAGCACAUGAUCACGUCGUUACCGGUGCAGCUUGGGCAUUUGAUGGACGUUAUUUGUUCACCUGCAGUGAGGAUAAUAUUCUCCGAGGUUGGAGUUCAGAUGAGAGUUCUCUCCGUGAAGUACCCAUUUCAUCACGUAUCCCUGAUCUUGGAAACUCCAUUGAUCUUCCAGAUUCAUUUCGGUCGUGCUUUGGCCUUGCAGUGUCCCCGGGAAAUCUUGUGGCUGCCGUGGUUCGCAACUUUGAUCUCGAAUCACUUGAUCGAAUGUACCAAGCAAGGUCUCAGAAAGCUGCUAUUCAAUUCUUCUGGAUUGGAGAAGAAAUACAAGUCGUGCCAGACGGUUCUUCUUACUUUUAUACUGAAACAAUUACAGACAUUUCUAAGAAGGAAUUGGUUCAAUGGGAAUCCAGUAUGUUGUGGUCUUUAAAUCAGUUUAAAAAUUUGAACAAGCCUAUGGUUCUUUGGGAUGUUGUAGCUGCUUUGCUGGCUUUCAGGCAGUCCAUACCGGAAUUCAUUGACCACAUUCUACUUAAGUGGCUUUCAACGUUAUAUCUCGAAUGGAACGAGGAGCUCUCUGCUACAAGGAUUUUGUCACACGUCUCGAGAAAUGUGUCGACAUUUUCUACUCGCCAACUUCACCUCCUUAACGUUAUUUGUAGACGUGUAGUUCUGUCAGAGCUAGUACAGGAUCAAGUGAACAAUGACCUGCAGGAUUUGGAGAGACUCAGCGAUGCUGAAAAUGAUAAACAUAUUUUGUGGAAGGAGUUGCUUUUAAGCAGUGAAAGAGAACUCCGUCAGAGGCUAAUCGGUCUGUGUUUUUCUUCUUGUGCAAAGCUUCGUGCCCUGUCGAGUACUGAAUAUCGACCCGGGUUCUGGUAUCCCAUUGGAUUAGUGGAAAUGCAGCAGUGGAUUAGAUAUAAUCAAGAACAUUUACAGGAAUCGCUCAAAGUCAUUGCAUCGAAAGAGGGAAAAGACCAUUCGAGUGAACAUUCAGGGACGGAGCAGUGCACCUACUGUUCAGCAUCGGUUCCAUUCGAGUCUCCAGAACUCGGGUUUUGCCAGGGCGUCGGUCAGAGUCACAAACUAGUAAGGUGUUCGGUAUCAAUGCAGGUCUGCCCUGUUACUGCUCCCUUAUGGUUCUGCAUGUGUUGUAGUAGAAGUGCCUUCAGAUUAGCUCCUGAUAUACUUUUCCAGAUGUCUGAGACUCCUGACUUUAGUUCUUUAACACUCCCUGAUUCGGACAUACCCUCGAAACCGUUAUGCCCCUUUUGCGGUAUACUGCUGCAACGUCGACAGCCCGACUUCUUACUGUCAGCAUGCCUGGUUUAAGUAAGCAUGCCGUUUUGUCAGUGCCUUGAAGCUUGUUGUAUAUAGUUGGUGAUAAUAGCUAAGAAUCAUACAAGGGCAAGCAGCAUAAGUUAACCAAAUGAUUUAGAUUGUUGUUGUGAUGGUAGUAUAGCCAUAAGCUUGGAAUAGUCAAAUUAUUGACAAAUUAUUUAGGCUGAAACUUUUAAGCAGAUAUUUAGUGUAUAUACAGUACUGUUGAAAUGAUUAAAUGUAAGUAUAACUCUACUGAUCGACUCACUUUUUAGGUUAAUGGUGAUGUAAGUUGAUAUUUUCGUGAGA